UCACUCCUGUUGGGAAUAAAGAGGAAGAACCCCUGUCGCUUCGCCUUCUUGGAUGCUCUGUGUAUUUAACACAGUAGGGUAACUGAAAAAUAAAAAAAAAUUUAAAUUUUUUUAAAAAAAACAAAAAACGUUAUUUAUUGCGUCGCGUUUAGUAGUUUGCAUAAUGAGCGGGAUACCGGGGACACCCGUCGUCCAGAUAACCAACCUGUCCUCGGCCGUGAGCAGCGAGCAGAUGCGCACUCUCUUCGGUUUCCUGGGAGACAUCGAGGAGUUGCGGCUCUACCCGCCCGACAACGCCCCCCUCUCUUUCUCGUCCAAAGUGUGCUACAUAAAGUACCGAGACCCCUCCAGUGUUGGUGUGGCGCAACAUCUCACUAAUACUGUGUUUAUUGACAGAGCUUUGAUAGUAGUACCAUGUGCGGAAGAUGACUAGAGUGGCCCAGCUGUUACACUACUACACUAGCCUGAGUCAGGCAUUGUUUUCCAAGCCACUAUCCCCGAUCGGGCCAACGCAGCCUUCAAGGGGGGAAUGUGACCAGGAGAAUAGCCCGCUGAACCUUCCAAGAUGGACACCUUGUCUCUUUUUUUUUUUUUUUUUUUUUUUUUUUUUCCUUUUGAAAUUUUUUUUUCUUUUGGUUUGUUUCCUUUCAUACUUUCCCAUGUUGUCCACUCUCUACUGUCUCUAUCCAGAAUACUACAAUAUUGCUUAUCUCUAGCGUUGUGUUUAUAUUUGUUAUUUUGGUUUGUUGUUUUGAUUAUUGUCCAACCCCCCCACCCCCCUCUCUCUUUCCGCUACAGCUGCAGCUUGUGUGUGAUUGAGUUCUGUCCAGGUUGCUACGGCAUACCGAUGGGGAUGUGUGUCACACAUGGGAUGCUAGGAGGAUCCCUAACACUUUACUCUCCUGUCCACUACGCCUCGUUGUAGUGAGGGGCUAGUCUUUGUGAAAAAGUGAGAGUCGGCAGUGAAAACUUUACCUCAUCGGAGCAUAAAAUUCUUCAAGCUAUAAGUGCACUUCACAUCUGUAAUUCAAGUGUGUUGUAAAAGGCAGCAGUUAGGGCUUUUUCCUCAUAUUCGUGCUCUACGACUCUAAUGUGGAUGUUUAGUAUUUAGCAGUGAGUCAAACGCAUUAAUGCUUGGUGACAUUAAUGCUCCUUUUUUUCCCCUUCUAACAUUAGAAGGGGAAAUGUGUCAUUUCUAUGCUCAGUGCCACCAGCUAUGAUGUGAUAAACCUGUAGCUGUUUUUUUUUUUUAUUAACUUCUGCAGCAAGGAAGCAGAUUAGAAUGCAGAGAGGAAAAAAAAGAAAAUUCUAAUUAGGUGUUUUUUAUAGCUAAGUUUUGGCUAACCUUUCCUACAGUUCUUAAAAUUGUUGUUCUUUUCUGUAUCUGAUGUUCUGUGUGCUAUUAGUGAUGCAGCCAUUGGGGUUGUCUUGUGUUGCACACCUUUCCGACACUCCGAAACGAUCGCCCCCUCCCCCCACGGAAAAGCGUCCAUGCUUGAUAUCGUAUGGUUCAUGACCAAUAUGUUUCCAGUACAGGGAAAAUCCCAGAAGAGGCCAAGGCUUUGUCACUUUUGGCACCUGCCACUCCAGUACCCAGUCUGAUUCCUGGUGGGGGAUUGCUGCCAAUUCCUACUCCAGCUCCACUUCAGAAUCUGAACCUUCCCUUAGUGAAUCGACUUCCAGCCAAUCUCGACCCCUCGUCGUCAGUACUCGCCCAGCCGCCGCUCAUGGGAAAUGUGGAUCCCUCAAAAAUUGAUGAGAUCAGGAGGACAGUGUAUGUUGGCAACUUGAACUCACAGACCACCACUGCAGAGCAGCUGUUGGAAUUCUUUAAACAGGUGGGAGAUGUGAAGUUUGUCCGAAUGGCCGGAGAUGAGACCCAACCAACUCGUUUUGCCUUUGUAGAGUUUGUUGAGCAAGAGUCUGUUGCCAGAGCCCUCACAUUAAAUGGAGUCAUGUUUGGAGACAGACCGCUGAAGGUUAAUCAUUCCAAUAACGCUAUUGUGAAACCCCCAGAGCUGACGCCUCAGGCUGCUGCUAAAGAGUUAGAAAAUGUGAUGAAGAGGGUGCGUGAAGCACAGUCUACCAUUGCUGCUGCCAUUGAACCUGAAACAAAGAAGCGUUCCUCCAGCCAGUCUCAAAGGUCACGGCGGUCACAUUCACGUUCACGCUCCCGUUCACACUCAAAGGCACGCCGGAAAAGAUCCCGCUCAAAACACAGCAGAACAUCACAGAGGUUGCUGCCGGGCAGUGACUCACACAGUUCCCGAAGCAGUCACAGGAGACGCUCUCGCUCCAGAGACAGGAGACGCAGUCGGAGUCGCUCGAGUGUUGUUACCAGGGGGCACAAGCGCAGGAGUAAGGAUCGGUCAAGAAGCCCUCGAAGGAAAGCCAAAUCACCGUCACCAAAAAGAAGUAAAAGAGAGAAGAAGAGAGAACGCAGCAGGGACAGAAGGGACGGCUCCACCUCCAGAAAAAGGAGCCGCAAAGACGAGGACAGGAUAAGGAGCAAAGCCAAGCCAGGGAAGGCUGAAGCGAGGCAUGUCAGAGAAGGAAAGGAAGAAAGUGACAGAGAAGGCUCAGCCACACCAAGUGAGGACAUGACGUCAUCACCCUGCGCCCAGCAUAACGGCAGCUACAAGACUAACCACGAGGAGGAAGCAUAUGUUGGUGCAAAGUGACUUCAGCAACACCAUGGACACUAAUAUUGUUCAUCCAGGUAUCUUAUUGCCCAUUGUGUGCGUGCGUGAGUGUGUGCGUGAGUGUGUGUGUGUGUGUGUGUGUACAUACAGAAGCACUGAAUGGCAUCUUACUUUUUUUUCUUUCCCAUUAUCAUCCCCUGACUGGUGACACACAUGGCUCCUCUAAGUCAGCCUAAUCUCACUAUCGAACCUUAAGGGCAAGUGAGUGCUCAGCAUCAUAGAGAAGGCCACACUUUUUCUGCUUAGCUAUUCCACUGACAACUUCUUCUUCUUCUUCUGCUUUUAUGUCCUUAUGGUAUAGGUUCUUAAACUUUUGACAGCUAGUAUAGUAGUACUGUAAUGUUCCCGCAUUUCCAGGAAGGUUGGUCACAUUCCAGAUACACAGAUGAGGAAUAGAGGUCAUACUCAUUUAUCGAUUCAUUUAAAGCUAGAUAUGUUAUUUGUGACUGUCACAUAAUUACAUAUUUAUUAACUGUAAGGUUGAGUACUUCAAAAAAGUUUUGAAGUAAAAAUAAGCAGCAACAAUCUGCAGCAGGAGUCAAAUGUUUGUCUUAAAUUGUUUAGUGAGGAACAUAAAGGGUUCGUUGCAUGCCUGUCCUGUGUGAGAGCCAGAGUGAAAGCAGGGUUCCCAUAAUCUGAAUAUUAAAAAAAAAAAUAGCGUGAAAUCCCAUCUUAGACCCUCAACCUGAGUCUUUCUGUCAUCAUCAUGUUGGUGUUGUUAAACAGGACAUGGUGAGCAAGAAGGCGAUGCAAGUAAGAAACUGAAGGUUACACUCCUACACUAGAGACUGGUUAAUUAGAAGGUAGGCCUACCUUAAAGCAGCUAACUCUAAUUCUUUUCCCCCACAGGCUUGUACACAGUCUGGCUUGUUUUUCCCAUUAUUUUUAAUGCGCUGGCUGUGGUCACACAAUGGCUGUGCGAGAAACUUCCCAUAUUUGUUUGGUUUUUUUGCCUUUUCACUAAGUGAAGCAAUGGCACAUUAUAUAUGUGAUGUUUCAGGAAAUGGAUAAACACAAAGUCCCUUAGAGGAAUAUUGAGUUUAAAAUAACAUUUCUGCUUAUGCUGAAAAGUUCAUUUGCCCCUUUGUAUGUUGGUGAAGGAAAAUGUGGGCUGUGAUGUCAGUGAAGUUACCUUUAAGUCCCCUUUUUGCACCAUAUUUGUUUUAUGGUCCGGGAACGGUUGCAUCCUGCAAACUGCAUUUUAAUUUUAUGGCUUGAAGUGGCAUAGUGACAAGAUUAGAGAACGGUGUUAUCUUAUGCUGUGAACAGUGAACUCAUUUGGUUGUACAUCAUUGAAUCACUUUUUUUUUAUUUCUGGUUAGCAGUUGCAACAAGGUCACAAAGUAUCACGUCCUGCUAUUGUUCUAAUACUGUGUGAGGAGAAAAAAAGUUAUAUACUGUUUUAUACUGUAUAUAAGUCACAUGCCUAUACUGUAAAAUAAUGGUGAUGUGCUAUAAAUGUCUGUCAGCUGAUGUUACUGGAGAAAGUGGGGCGAUUAAAGUUCUCAGAAGCAGCCAAGAAGAGACUGAACAGGAAACGUCAAAGGUCCACAAACUGCAUGUAAGCACAUUAGGGCCAAAAAGUGCCUAAACUAAGAAAAAAUAUGGAGACUUGUUUAGGAUGUUGAAAACUAUCGAGACAUUAUAAUAAAGUUUUAGCUGUCCUCAUUAAUUCAUUACAGAGUAUACUAAUAAUUAAGUAGACCUAUUUUUACUAUUUCAGUUUAUUCGGUCGAGUGUUUGCAAGCUGGCCCCAGAUUGAGAUCUAUGUGACUUUGUGUAUGUGUGUUUUCUGUUUUUUGAACGUGUUUUUAAAAGGAUACUUUAUGGCUGUGUGUGGCCAAAUUCCUCUUUGCUGGAUUUUACAGACCUGAUUUUAUGAUUGCUUGUAUUUUGUUGUCCUGCCUUCUGCCUUUUUUUUUUUCUUACUUUGUUUUUACAAUUUAAAAAAACAAAAACAAAUCUUCAGUCUGAAGUGGUCAUCUUAAAAUGUAGUUUUAAAAAUCCAAGUAUUUCAGUAUGUGAAGAAUUUUAUUUUUAUAAACAUUUACCCACUUCUGAAGGUAUAUUAUGUAUAAACAUGUUUGACGGUUCAGUCCAUGAGGAGUGGUCCUUUGAUGCUGGAUUUUGGACUCUAUGUAAAAGUGUGGUGCCACUGUUUUUGAAGAGCUUUCAUGUAUAAAUCCUCUUCAUUUCAAAUCUAACAGUACAUCCGUUUCCAAAAACACUCAAUAAAAGAGAUUUUUCAUUGACUAA